GAAGGAAAAGAGAUGCUGUAAGUAGGACCACCACCAUCAUUGUAGUAAUGAGUGUCUUUUUGCUGCUCUUGGUCUUGCUGAAUAUAACACUGUUUUUCAAACUGUCAAAGAUAGAGCAUGCAGCUCAGUCCCUCUAUCAUGUCCAGCUUCAGGAAGAAAGCUCUUUGAACAUAUCCCCAGAAAUGGUAUCAAAAGAGGAGAUCCCUCAAUAUGAUAAGGAACAGGUUAAACAUGUGAAGGGAGUUUUAAGAGACUCAAUUGAAAUGCUUGAGCAGCUAAAAAGCUCCCUUUCCAUGCUCCAGAGAAGCUUUGACCACUUGAACAGGACACAGAACGGCAAGACUGAGAGUUAA